GAAUUUUUUUUUUUUUGAACGGAACGGGUCGCUGCGGAUGAGCUCCUAACUCUUUUUCAUCAAAACACUCUGGAUCAUCAGUAUGAACGUUUCGGAAGACUAUAAACAAGAUGAAAAAAUUGAGGUCAAAUUCGUGACCAAACUAGAUCAGUACAGAGUUAUCGAUAAGUCAUUUCAAGUCCCGACAUCUCUAAAUAGGCGCGGAUUGUCCCAGCUGAUCAACCACUUACUGGGUACAGAAACGCCGAUUCCAUUCGACUUCCUCGUCGGAAACCAUCUGCUUCGAAGUAGCCUCAAAAAAUUCAUCCAGCAACAUCAAUGCUCCACGGAACAAGUAUUGACAUUGGAGUAUGUCAAAUUGCUGGAUCCGCCCACUCCAGAAUCUAUCAAGACGCACUCAGACUGGAUAUCUUCGAUCGAUGAUCACCUCCUGACACUUCAAAACACCCUCAGUAAAAAAAACCUUGCGGGAUAUGUAAUCCCAUAUGGGAGCUACGACUGUUAUGUCAACUUGCUCCACUACAAUGGAAAUUCUGAUGAAAAUUCCGCGCCCAUGGCUGUAGGAAGGCACUCGCAGCCGGUCCUGUCCGUCUCCUCGUUUCCAAUUCGCGACAACGACGGUCAACAAUUCGGAAUUGUUAGUGGUUCGCAAGACUGCAGCGUCUACGUUUGGAACGUAAAUUUGGCUGACCAGCGUUCUCGGACCACACAAGAGCUUGUGGGUCAUCAGGGAGCCGUCGAAGCUGUUUCUUGCUCUCCAGACGCCAAUUUGGUUGCCACAGCUUCCUGGGAUAACACUAUCAAACUUUGGAAUCUUCAGUCCAAAGAAUCAAAAAAAACAGUUCAAGCACAAGCACGGAAUUCACUUGUUGGACACAUGCAAUGUGUCUCCACGCUCUUUUGGCUCUCGAACGGAGAGAUCAUUUCAGGAUCAUGGGACCACUCGAUCAAAAUCUGGGAUGUGGAAUCCGGUAUCAAUACACAUCAAUUAACUGGAAACAAAGUCAUCCUGAACAUGGACUACUCUUUCAAAAAUAAGCUCCUCAUCGCCGGACAUGCAGACAGGUCAAUCCGGAUCUGGGACAUCCGAUCAUCCGAUCUGACCUCGCACGGUAACUCAGUUUCGACCAGUUACUCUUCACACACUGGAUGGGUCAACGCGGUCAAAUGGCAUCCUUCCCACGAAUAUCUGGCUAUCAGCGGUUCGUAUGACUCAAACAUCAAAAUAUGGGACAUCCGUUCCACCACCCCACUCUACACCUUGGCCUCGCAACAUCAGGAUAAGAUUUUCACGCUCGGCUGGCUAGAUUCAUGUCGGUUCACCAGCGGCGGUGCUGAUAACGCCCUCCGCAUGUAUUCUAUGCCCGACACCGCAAUUUCUAUCUAACGAAAGCGUCCCAUCGUUCAAUAAACACCGUGCGCAAAACAGUUCAAGCAAAAAA